AUGGAGGUGUCCGAUGGACAAAAGCAAUUCAUUCUCUCCAACACCCUUACUAAGCUGAAAUCAGCGUUUAUUGGGUAUUCAACAAUUUCUACUCAUUUGGGGAUCUCAAAUUCCUCCAUCACUUCUUUAAUGGAGAAAUCAAUACGCCGGACGGAUAAAACCAUUUCUCUUUCCUUUUUUGAGAAAAUGCUAACUGAUCUAAAAGUAGACACUUCUACCUGUGGGGCGGAAUUACCUCUUUUAAAGUUUCUUGCUAAUCAUAAUGAGGAUGUUAAAUCAGUAGCAUUAAAGAAUGCUCCUCAAAAUCUUAAGUUAACCUCACCUGAUAUUCAAAAGGAUAUUGUGAAUGCUGUUGCCAUUGAAACUAUUAAUGUUAUUAUUAGUGAUAUUGGAGAUGAACUAUUUUCUAUCAUGAUUGAUGAAUCUCGUGACAUAUCCACAAAGGAACAAAUGACUAUUGUAUUUCAUUAUGUGGAUAUGGAUGGUGAUGUAAUUGAACAUUUUAUACGUGUGGAACAUGUUACAAGUACCACUGCUCUUUCGCUUAAGAUGGCAAUUGAUGAACUAUUUUGUAGGCAUAGACUAAGUAUAACUAGAUUGCGCGGCUAUGUUGCUAAUGUGGUCAAUGUUGUUGGGGCUUCAUGUAAACAUCGUGAUAUUCUUCAUGAAAAACAAGCUACCAUGGUUAUUGAAACACUCAAUAAUGGUGAAAUUGAAAGUGGAUGGGGUCUUAAUCAGAAUACCACUUUGAAGCGUGCUAGUGAUACACAUGAUUCAUUCGCUUCUUUUGACAAGGAAAAACUAAUCCAACUUGCUGAAUUUUAUCCAAGAGAUUUUGCUCCUUUAGAUUUCCUGAAACUUGGUGAUCAACUUAACACUUAUAUUAUUGAUAUGUGCUCUAAUAAGGAGUUUUCAAAUUUAAAAGGAUUUGGUGAUCUUGCUCGAAGAAUGGUUAAGACAAAAAGAGACAAGGCUUAUCCAUUAGUUUACUUGCUUUUGAAAUUGGCAUUGAUUUUGCCGGUUGAUACUGCCACAGUGGAGAGGGCUUUUCCUGCCAUGAAUAUUUUGAAAACUCAACUGGGCAAUUGA